CUUUGUCCGAUUCGGACACCAUCCGCACACCAUAUACAUAGAAAGACCGCGCUCCAUCCUAUUCCCACCUAGUAAUUCUAUUCCAUACGAGGCUCUCCGAUGUCGUGGCAAGACUUUGUCGACAAGGGUUUAUUGGAAGGCGGGAUCAUUCGCGAAGCGGCCAUCUUUGGAAUUGACGGAGGGAUAUGGGCACAGUCGGCUGGAUGCAACAUUUCCGAAGACGAACAACGUGCGAUCGUCGAUGGACUCAACGACCCACCGCUACGCGAAAUCCGGGUCGGAGGGCGCAAGUACAGAUGUACGAUGUCGAGUUUGGACGUGAUAUUGAGCAAAGGCGCAUUGGUCGUCGAGUCAGAUGACAGGUCGAGGUCCGGCGGGGAUGUUGGUGGGUGUAUCAUUAAGAAGACCAAUCAGGCGGUUAUCGUGGCAGAGUAUCCACCAAAAUCGAGUGAGAUGGAUGUUUUGGCGGGUGUCGAGCAGCUUGGGAAUUAUUUGAUUAGGAACAACUAUUAGGAUGGGUUCGCUAAUACUAUUAGGGCGUUUACUACUUGGAAUUUAUGUUUGUUCGACGGGUG